AGAGGCACCAGGGCGGGACUGGGGGGAAAGGCCCUUUCACUGAUCACUCCCCCCGUUCCCAAUCCCCUCCAACAGCUCCACUGAUGGCCCACUUCCUGAAACCGCUAGCUGGAGAACUACCAUGCAAAUAUAUUCAAAGCAGCUUAGGUUUUGGAAUGGUUCGUUGAUUAUAGCAAUUUCGUAAAGAUGCGACUCUCCCCAAAGCUGUGAAAAGGUGUGAGAGAGGAUAACGCAGAAGAAAAUACACGACGACCGGUCGGAUCCAACUGUUAACCUCGCUGGGGUGAUGAGGGUGUUGGAUAGAACAGUCCUGCAGGGAGGGGUGGAACAUGGAUUGAGGGCCUUGGCCCCCUGUGACACUUGUCCACUUUAUCAGAUGGUAUCCUCCCGGCAACCAGGGUGAAUGGAGUUUGGUGUACGCGGGGUGGAGCUGUGGACUCACAAGCUGGGAACUCUACAAAGAUGCCUGAGGUUCGGGACCUUUCCGAAGCUUUGCCAGAGAUGCCCAUGGACCCAAUCACUGGAGUUGGAGUAGUAGUCUCUAGAAACAGGGCACCCACUGGAUAUGAUGUGGUCUCUACAACAUCGGACGGCCUGGAUGCUGACCUGUGGAAGGAUGGCCUUUUCAAAUCCAAGGUGACCCGCUACCUCUGCUUCACCAGGGUCUUCUCUAAAGAAAAUAGCCAUUUAGGCAAUGUUCUUGUGGACAUGAAGCUGAUCGAUAUAAAGGACACUCUGCCUGUGGGCUUCAUCCCAAUCCAGGAGACUGUUGACACUCAGGAGCAGGCCUUCAGGAAGAGGCGACUCUGCAUCAAGUUUAUUCCACGGGACUCCACAGAGGCAGCCAUCUGUGACAUCCGCAUCCUGGGACGCUCCAAACAGGCUCCCCCCCAGUACACCUUCAUAGGAGAGCUUAACAACAUGGGAAUCUGGUAUCGAAUGGGGAACGUACCUCGGGCCCAGGACUCCACACACACAUCAACCACCAACAACAUCCAGAAUAUGAACUCCUCCUCCAGCUCAGCCGCAGUGCCAGCAGCUCCUAUGCCCAAACAACACGGACAUGAGGUUUUUUUCAAAGAAGAGGAAAGGAAGUCAUUACUGCGCUUGAGAGUGACUCAGAGGCAGGGUCAGAACGCAGGGACAGUGGCGAGGGUUCCAUUGCUGAGGCACAUUUCCAUGACUCUCCCAGCCAGCUUCAGAGGGAAGAACACUACCAGACCAGACUAUGAGCAUCAGAACUCCAACCUGUAUGCUAUCUCAGCAAUGGAUGGCGUGCCUUUCAUGAUCUCUGAGAAGUUUGCCUGUGCCUCGUCCGAUCUGCAGCAGGUUGAUCUGAUGGGCAUUACAAUCAAGUCACUGGCUGAGAUUGAGAAAGAGUAUGAUUACAGUUUCCGCACAGAGCACAGUGCAGCAGCUCGCCUGCCUCCCAGUCCAACACGGACCUCCAUGAGCUCUGAGGCCUGAGGAUCCCCUCCUAACCUCUCCUAACAACACUUUCCCCAUACGGACACCAGCAGGAGAGACCUGUACACAACUACUGAUGACCUGCCCACAACAAACAGUCCCAAACAUCUGUACUGAGAAGAAAGGGGGGAAAAAAAGGAUUUGGCGGGUCUGGCUUAACCCCCUACAUUCAAAAUUGAUGACCUGGCUUUUAAAAUGAGAUGGAAUUGCCCAUUGUUGGACAAAACAGACCUUUCUUGCUCAAGGAAAUUGAAAGAAAUCUCACUCAUAUGAUUUAAAAAUACAUUUCUUUUCUCAAAAGAAUCGUGAAGUGUUGUUCACUGUAAUACAAAUAACCACGCCCCAUCUGAAGGACUUGUUACAAACAAGAUAAAAGGAUUAAAAGGAUAAUUUAUUUUAAAGGAGGGCACCUGUUAGGCCUUUGCUCUCUGAAAUGGAAUGAGAGUCUGAGAGCAGCCAUCAUAUUUGCCUUCCUCGUUCAUGACACACCUGCUGCUCUGUCAUUGCCCUGAGUCAAGGCACCAGGAGGGCACAUCAUCCCAGUGUUACAAAAGGAAACUUCAUAUCAUUGGAUUUUAUUUUCAACCUUAUACUGGUCUUAAUGGGGAAUUAUUCUCAAGUUCUCUAGAUGUUACUGUAAUAUAGUGGUGACUGAGUGCACUUUGUUUGGGAAUUUCAGUGUGCUUCCUGUUUGCCACAGAUAUUCUGUUAACCACUCCUUCACUGUCUCUGUACUUGAGCCAGCAGCUUGGCUUACAUAGAACCACUAUUACUGUUUUAAAGGUUGACACUGGUUACACUGCUGGACUACACAUACCACUAUUCUUAUGAUUUUUGUUAACCAUUGCUACUGUAAUAUCUGCUAUUUUUUAGGACUGGGUAUCAUUUUUCCAUAUUAGUGAUGAUAGAAGAGUUUUGAUACCAAAUACCAAAACAAUAUUUUCAAUACAUUACUUUAAAUAACUAUUAAUAUAAAAAAAUUCUAAAACAAUCCUUUUCAUGUAAAUUUUAGCUAACACGCCUACUUAACAUGUUCUAAAAAAAUGCAUUAAAAUCUACUGCGCAGCACAGUACAUUGCAGUCCUUCCCACUGUCUAACCCAAAUGCGUUUCAAUCACAAUUUUUAGUCGACCAUUUAAAUUUUUGUGAACACAGCUGUCCACAUCAGCAGUGUAACUCAGGCGGAACUGUGACCCAUUACUGUUGGUCACACUCUCUCUAUCACUUUUCAAAUGACAACCUCAAACGAGAGUUACGUAUGUAACUAGGGUUCUAUGAAUUCUGUCUAGCUGCUGUUACACUAGCUACUUCAACUCUAUACAAUCUACAGUUUACUGUUCAUGUUGAAUAUAUACUACAGACCUUGAUAUUAGAAGUAGAAACCCUUAUGUUUCUAACAAAGUUGAACGAUUAAUUUGUUAGCACUACUAUACAACUACAGCUUCCACUAAAAUUGAGCUUAUGGGAAAUUGAGGUCACAAAAACCAUUACAUAUUAAAGAUUUUUUUGUGUGUGUGUGUUUCUUUUGUGAAUUACCAUCCACAUCUUGACAUAAAGAGUGUACCACACAACAUACUCUUGGAUGCCAACUUUCUGUACGUGAUAGUUUUCGAUACUCUGUGCCACGGACACAUUUCGGUCGAUACCAGAAUAGGUGUUGAGUUUUGAUACCCUGCCUGAGUUUCUUUACAUUAUCAGAACUAUCUUUACUAUUUUAAGUUUAAGUUGUUUUUUUUUUUUAGCACUGUGCUUAACAAACUUAAAGAUGUAGUAUAAGUGUCACAAAUUGUAGUCCGUUCAAAAUACAUGAGAAAAGGCAAAGUUGAAGUGGUCUUUUUUUAUUUGAGUACAUUGGUUACAUGUGAAAAAACUUUGUGCCUACAGACCAUAUUUAUACUCUAACAAUGGUAAGUCUUUAAUUCAGUUUGUUUUCUCUCUACCCUUUUAAACAAACUGUUUCUUUUAGCUUCAAUCUGUUUUAGAAGUCUGAACACAUGUCAAAUGGGUAAAAAAAUAACACAAGCACUGUAUAACAACAUUGGAUGUAGCAGCUUAAAGGGGCUGGCAUGGAACCAGUUUAGGCAGGCAACAAUCUUUGGCAAUGGAAAUGUUUCAAAUGACUAAAGAUGCAAUUCAGGAAGUUGCUCCAAUACUGGUUCCUCAUUGGUGGAAAAGCCCUGUGAAAAACUAAAAAGUGUCUUGUAAAGAAAACUCCAAUUACAAAUAAAAUUUUCAAAGUGCACCUUCAAGGGAUAGUAUCACAAUAAUUGUGGCCUAGGGUUAUCCUGUAAUCCAAAUUAUUAAUUACAUUCUAAUCUUUAAUUUUAUCAAUUAGGGCCUGACAAUAUUGGAUUUUUGACACCAAAUGCCAAUAUUGAUAACUGCUGAUUUCUUUGUUUUAGCAUAACCAUACAACACAAACGAACAAGAUCCCUAAAAUGUGGUUAUUAAGAAUUGUGACCAAGAUAUGCAGUGAGCGGGACAUUUUACAGUGUAAAAAUCAACUUGUCAGUAUAAACUAUCGAAACACUGUUUCUCAAUGACCUCAAACAUAUCUGACAUUUGUCAUAAGUCUUAUGAGCAAACAUAUAUGCCGAUACCAAUAUACCAGACAUUCUCAAAUACUGGCCAGGGCCUCAUUUCCACUGUUUAUUUUUUUAUAUAUAUUCUAUCAUGUUUUGUUUUCAGAUCUGCUCCUGUUUUUUGAAAAGCACCAAGGAUUUUGUUGAAGAACAAUGACCCUGUUUUAUUUUGCUUAUUUCCCUCCAUUUGUUUCAUAAGACGGAUGUUAGAAGAUAACAUUUUGUUGUACUUUUUUUCUUGCGUGUGUCUCUGCAACAUUAUCAAGUCAUAAAUGCGUGGAUUAACUCCUUUUUAUUUUAUAUUUUGUUUUUCUAAUUCAUUAGUCAUUUCAGUAUUGUGAUAUGUUUUCCCAAAGGCUCUGUUGUUUUCAGAAAUGUAACAUAGAAUUGUCAAUUGCACUGCUGACAUGUUUUAUGAGGGUGAGAAGAGAAACAGCCAAUGUCCAUGUGAAGCUCUGUGUAUUUAUCUGCCUGCUCUGUGGUAAGCUACAUAUGUAUAAUUUCUCAGCUGUGGUGUUUACUUUCAGUCUUGCUGAAACAUUUAAUAUUUAACUCACAUGGUGUCUGCAUUAAUAACAAAUAACAAUUCUGCUUCUCUGUUAGUUUGCAUGUAUGGUAUCAUGAGAUGUCAGAGGUUUCAAUAGGACAGUUCUUUUGUAGGUUAUUGAUCAAGAUUUUGUCUCAUAGAUAUUCACUAAAGAAUGAACAGCAUUAGUUGAAUUUGUAUUACACGGACGUUUUAUUAAACUAUGAAGAACUGAAA